GCCAGACUGGCGGCGCCGCGGCGCCGAAGGGGCAGGCCGCGGCGGCGGAGGGCCCGCCCCCCAUGGGCGUCGCCACCAAGGCCGUGCUGGCCGUGCUCAUCAGCAUCCUGGCCUACAACCUGUACAUCCGGCCGUACCUGGACUGGCAGUGA